AUCCUGUAGUGUUUUUUUACAGUUCUUUCUUGAGCAGAGCGGUGAAACAACUACAGUUUACACUGAAGACAAGAAAGCUGCAAUAGUUCUCCAAGAUGAACAAGUUAGCAGUAUUUUUCGUACUUGCUUCAUGCAUCGCCCUUACAUGGGCUUUUCCAAAUGAAGAAAAAAGAGAGGCCGCAGCUCCUAGAGCAGAAAGACGUAACGUAGUCGACUGUUCACCAUCAGCGGUAGCUGCUCUUCGACACUAUGGCGUCGAUGUUUCGCAAAGUCACUUAUGUGGGCCAAGCUCAAAGAGAUUCGCUUCUGAAUUUGGACGUAUUCUUCGACGAAGAGAACUGGAGUACGAAAUUUCAAGACCACGCUUUGCUCGUGGAGAAUUCAAUGCUUGCUGUAGCCCAGACUGCGACUGGCUUCUGACUUACCUGGAAAUCGACUCCACCGUCGUCAAGUGCAUUGACAAGAAAUAAGCUUCUCCAAGAUUGGAAACACCAAUUUAAAUCACCAACCACUAAAUUAAAAUCAACACACAUAAAGAAAAUAAAUAGAAUAAUCUAGCUUGAAAUAAAUAAACUAGGGAAUAAAAAACAACCAGUGAAAUAAAAUUUGGAUCCUCACACCGAACAUAACCAGAUACUUGUACUUACAGCGCAUGCCCAAGAGUUCAAAUAAUGACGUCACAAGGAAGCCAUUUGAAUGUCGUUCAGCAGGGUACUGUUGGGUUAUUUGAAUUUUUGUGUACAUACUGGCAUAACUAGACAAGAGUAAUAAAAAGACCUGCAAGUCACCUUGAA